AGACACACCCAAAGGGAAAACUGGACGCUUGGAGACCACCGUUGAGGUUGGUGGUGGUAGUAGUGCGGUAUGUCCAUGGGAUGAACCGGAUGAGCCACCGACAACACAAGCGCCCAAACCAGUGCCAGCUGCUGCGGCUGUUGUACCAGCAGCCUCCACAACUCCAGUUCAAUUGUCCGUAUGCCCAUGGGAGCAGGAGGAAGAUGCGACAGUCCCACCCGCAACAACAACAGCAGCUGCAGCACAUCUACCAGCAAUCAAAACAAGCGCACAAAGAUUAACAAGCACCUCUUCGGAUAAUUCCGAAGUCUCUGAUAGAUUGCAACGUAAUCUUGGCAUACGUCAUCAAAAUACUGUCGAUAGCGGUGAGACAUCGGGCAUGAAACGUUUACUACCAAAUUUCACCGAACAACGAAGAGCAUCAGUGUCCUUUACACCGAGCCGCAUUUCAGAAUUUCCUACAGGACGACCGUCCACGGGUGCCAAAAUUUCAACCACACCAUCGCCCACGGUGACACUACAACAGGGUAAUAUUUCUGCUCUCUUUGCACCCAUACAGGGUCCCAACUUUGCCGCCACCGCCGUAGUAACCAAAGAUCCACCUUCAUCCUCGGAUGCUGAAGUGGAAGAGGAAUUGAAUAAGCUGGCGAUAUCGGAACGUAAUAGUGAGUCAUCGGGCUCAGCAGUACUGCCGACACCAAAUCCUACACCCACACCACCACCGGUGACCAAGGUGACACCACCACCAGUUACCCCGGUCGAUGAACAACCGGCAGCAUUGGUUAGUGCCGAAACCCAGACAUGUCAUGCCGAUGACAGUCCUCGGGAAAGUUCUCCCAGUGAUUCGUUGCAUGGCAACGAGCCAGAAGAACGUUCGGGGGGCAAUGAGGCGGAAUUUGAAGCCGAAGUGGAUUCUGAAAUACAAGAGGUACAAAUUGAAUUGAUCGAAUCGUCGGAGGGUUAUGAGAAAUUAUGUGAAAGCCAGGAAUGUUUGGAAAUGUCUCCACCCACAAUACAGGUCGAUGAGGAUAAUGGGGGAGGUGAUGGAGGUGAAAAUAUAUCUCCUCCACAUGGAAGUGGGGAAUGUUUGGCUGGAGAUACGGAGAUGGUAGAAGAUACCCCCAGUAAACAAAAGACUCCCUCUGGCUCGGCAAAACAAAGUCCUGAAAAAGAAAUUGCCCCUGAGCCACAGGAAACUGGAGAGGAAAAGCAAUCACCAUUACAAGAACAGGAUUUGCCACAACAACCAAUACCACCACCACCUACAACAACAACACAAGAAGAGCUUCCACCAACGUCACCAACCGAAGAACUUUCCCCUACCACCGAUGAAUAUCAAGAAGGUCUCGAAUUCGGUGAUGAUGGUAAAAACGAUUUUGAUAUUGCCGAUUCGGAAUCCACCGUGGGUUAUAUACCACCAGCACCCACCCCAGCUCCCUCAAUGGCACCUCUAGCCGAAAUGGACACCGAUACCGUUGAUGAGGAAUUUAGCGAAGAAUUGAAACCCAAAGAGACAGCAACCGCAACCACCACCCCCGUGGCAGAGAAACCAUCCAAACUUCCACAUACCAAUGUUGUGAAAACCACAGCCGAAGAGGCACGCAAGAAGCGCAAGAAACGUCAUCUGGAUGCAAAGAAAUCGAUUUCGGGUGAGGAAAAGGAAAAAGAGAAGGCUAGUACAUCGGCGGCGGGUGUGGCCUCUGCUACGACAGUGGUUAAAGAGACUAGUAGUGCCAAACCGGAAGCGGAUCUAACCACCGUCUGCCCCUGGGAAGAUGAGAAUGUGACAACCAGUGAUGGUACCUUCACCAAGACCUAUGCGACCCUGGGGUAUUUAUGAAUAAAACCGAAUCUAUUUCGUAAAGUGGUCAAUAAAUUUCUUAAAAAGAAAAACUACAAAAAAUGACACAAACUGCAGGAACAGCAGCAGAAGAUGA